GAUUCCAUUCUAACCCAAGUCUUUGUUUUCAUCUGUGGAAAUUUCAAAUUAUAUUAUUGACGACCACUUGGCUACUGCUUGCUUGUGAGUCUAUGAAUCGAUCGAGAAAUUUCAGUUGCUAAGAAACUCGGAAGUACCAACAUUCAAUUACAGGCAUUCUUUGCUUUCUACAAAUCUGUCUUCGCUUCUCGCUAGCUUGUUGAUAAGUACCGGCAAGUACUAGUUCAUGCUUUCUUGAAGUCCAUAAGAUUGUUGUACUCCAAGAAUUUGGAUGGCUAUGGAUUAAUUUGUAGAGUUUAUGAAAACAAAAACGAUCAUUAUGAUGGAGAAUAAGCAAGAUCCAGCUCAACAUAGCCAUACACAAGGUGACUCAGACCAAAAAAAAAAAAGCCAUACACAAGGUGACGCUGCAAAUCCAAGUGGUGGUAAGGAUAAGAAUUCCUCAUGUGUGAUUGCAAACGAACGUACCCAUGAACAACAUUUACAAACGAACGAACAGAACAAGAAAUUACUUCAGAAACUUCGAGGUACAAGCUGGGAUACCAUACUUGUAAUCUCAUGUGUGAUUGCAGUCUCAGUUGAUCCUUUGUUCUUUUACCUUCCGAUCAUUAAUGAGGAAAUCAAGUGCCUUGGAGUGGACAAAAAUUUGAGGACUGCUGCUCUUCUUUUGCGCGCGAUCACUGAUAUUGCUUUCGUCCUGAACAUUUUCUAUCAAAUUAAAGAUGUCAUCGAAAAUGUACAGUCUAGAGCAAAGUCGAUCAAUAGUAAUAGUAAGAAUAAUGGAGAAGGAAAGCAGGUUCCACAAUCCAAACAAGAUGCGAGAAUUCGGUUCGCUAAGAUAGCUCGAAAGAUGCCAUGGCUCUCAAUUACAAUUGACAUUCUUGCGGUUCUCCCCAUCCCACAAGUGCUAGUGGCUGGUUUCUUCAAAAUGAGAAGCUCCAAAUAUCUGGGCCGGGGAAAGAUUAUUAAUGUCUUUCUUAUCGCCCAAUAUUUGCCACGGAUUUAUCGUAUGCAUCACUCAUCAAUGAAACUUAAGCAAAAGAAGGGACCAUGGAUUAGGGGUGCAUUAUAUUUUUUCUUGUACAUCCUGGCCAGUCAUGUGCUGGGAGCUUUCUGGUAUUUUUUCUCUAUUCAACGAGAGACAUCAUGUUGGCACCGAGCAUGUAUGAACCAUAGUACAAGUGAAUGUAAUUUUUACUGCAAUGAAGACAUUUCUUUUAGGAAUAUGACAUUCAUUAGUUCUCUAGAUGAAUUUUGUCUUGUUGAUGUUCCGGCAAAUGUGACAGCACCGUUUGAUUUCGGAAUAUUUCUUGAUUCCCUUAAGAGUGGUAACAUAGGGCAAAUAAAUUUUGCAAAGAAGUUCUUUUACUCUUUUUGGUGGGGACUACGAAAUCUUAGUAACUUUGGGACAAACUUGGAAACAAGUACCUAUGUGUUGGAAAACUGCUUUGCGAUUCUUAUAUCUAUUGUCGGCUUGCUUCUUUUCCUAUAUCUCAUUGGAAAUGUGCAGACAUUUAUAUCGCUGGAAACUGAAAAAUCAGAGGAGAGAAGAAAAAAGCUACGCUCGACAGAAAUGGAUAUAGAAGUGUGGAUGGAGAGAAAUGGUCUGAAUAAAGAGAUAAAGAACGAAAUCAAUAAAAUUGUAAAAAAAAAAUCAGAGAAAAUCAAAGAUGCUGAUAUGGAGAACGUAUUCUAUAUUCUCCCAAAGGCAACCCGAAUUUCUCUAAAGCGAGCUCUCUGCAUGGAAAUACUAAAGAAGGUUCCCUUGAGGCUUAAGGCUAUGGAAAAGAAACCAGACCAAGAGAAUAAAGAGACCAUACAAGAAAAAGUGUUGACGAGCAUUUGUGACUCUCUGAAGCCAGUGAUGUACCCGGAUAAUAGCUUUGUUUUCCGCAUGGGGGAACCACUUGAUCGCAUGCUUUUAAUUACAGAAGGUCUAGUAUGGGCAUAUAACACCACCUCUAGUAGUAUUAGUCAAGGUGGAGAAGCAGGUAUAGGUGCCAUUUGUCUUGGGAAAGGUGCAUAUUACGGAGAUGAACUUGUGAGUUGGGCAUCAGCUAGGCUGCUCGACUCUUUGGAAAACGUUCCUAUGCUGAAAGCAAAUGUCAAGUGUCAUACAAAAAUAGAAGGAUUCGUUCUUACGGCCAAGGAUUUGAACGCUAUAGUCCACAAAUACAAAUUCUUUUGGGAUUUCAGUGAUUCUCAGAUAAGAAAGUUGGCUGCAAUUCAAACCAUUCAAAAAGCAGCUCGUCAAUUGACGCUGCGGUCUAAGAAAGAUAAAAAAAAGGUCCUGCAACCGGAUUCUCCACCGGAUUCUCUAGUAGUUGAUGUUCCAUCAGAGGACGCAACAACAGCUAGCAGUCAAGUCCCUUGAGGGACUGGUUUUGUGUUUUGUAACGUUGUGGCAUCCCUCCUUCCUUCAUUGUGAAUUUGUGAUGCAGCCAGCCAUUACCAAAUUAAUGAGUGUUUAAGAGACUGCGUGGAAGUAAUUGUGUGUGUUUUCA